AUGGUGUCGUUGAGGCCAGGCUCGACUCUCCCUUCCCCACACCGGCCUUUGACCCUCUGUACUCCUUUGUCGUCCUUGAGGAAGAGGUGUGGGACAGCGAGGCUAAACUGCGAGCAAGUGGACGCCGUGAGGGACUGGAACAGGGUGGCGGUGUUUGUCUUUGUGUUCAAUAUGAGCGGCACCAUGAGGGUAUUCCGCAUACACAUCCAUGGGAUCGUGAUCGAGAAGAAGCUGCAUGAGCUGGACAGGGAGGAUAUCGGGCCCGGGAUACUCGUGCACGAUGUGGAGUUCAUCCUGGAUGGCUUCUACUUCUACACUGCCAAGCCCGAGCACGUGAUCAUUUGGGGCCCGUUCCACAGCUUGGAGGAAGCAUUGUUCUACUAUGAGGAGCAGCGUGGGUUCACGGUGCACAACAUGAGUGUGAAGGUCGUGUUGGAUGAGGGGUACAGCUCUAGGGCGCUCUUCCGGGACAAUUACCAUGCCUGCCUGCAGAAUGGGGGCGGCAUAUUCGAGAAUACCAGUCACGUCUACCAUAUCAUGGGCAACCUGCUGCAUCACGAGAGGUCGGACUCAGUGUUCUUCAAGGGUUCAGCCACACCAGCGAUAUCAAUGGCCUUCUGGAGGAGAUGGCAGAGCCGCUUAUCGUCCAGGCCGGUUUCGGUGUGA